AUGUCUACUCAGUCCACUCCGCGCUCUGCAUCGGUAGACGCCUCUCCAGCACAUAUACUCACUCCCGGCCAGAAGAUCAAGGCUAUGCUUGCCCAGUUUGAUAGCGACUCAGAAUCAGAAAAUAAUACACCCGCUAGACAUCGAAUUGCUCCUUCGAAAUUUACUACUAUUGUGUCGAAGACGAAUAUCGCGUCAGCCCUGGACGGAGAUAACGACGAUGAAGACGAGGAUAUUGCAAUUCUUGCACCCAGAGGCCGAAUGGCUGCCCGUAUGCUUGGACUUGAAAACACACCGGCAUCGGGGUUGUCAAAACCGAACCAUCAAGCGGAAACAGCUUACUACAGAGUAGCAAAGACUCUACAACUCCCAUCUGCGAAUGAGACAGCCGGUGACGGUCAAAACGUAGAUGAAGAUCAAUCCUCGGAAGACGAUAUUCCCAAUACCGCCCCUACCAGACGGCGUAUCUUUGCGAAAGACUAUGAAUUAAAUACCACGACAGAAAACAAUGAGUCCCCAAGACGGUCUACUCAACGAACAGAGUCUCCGUUAUUCAUGGAGGAAGAUAACGAACCAGAACCCAGAACACAAAACAAUCUCCCCGAAGGACCCAAUGCACGAUUCAUGGCCCUCGUUCAGCAGAAACGCAAGGAACGGGAACAAAGAGAAAGAAUUGAAGCAGCGAAGAAAGCCGCGAGAGCAGAGAAGAUGAAAAAAUUCAACUCUGAUAUUGUUGCUGGUGACGAAAGUGAUGAGGAUCCGGAAAACUCCAAGCAGCUAACUCAGUCAUCCCGGCCAGCCCGCAAGGCAAGCAAGAAGGCCUUGGAAGAAAUGGCACGAGAGACGCAACGAUUGAGCCGAAAUAGACAACUCGCUUAUCAGCCACGAGUUAAGCGCAAGAUAACAAUAGCCAGUUUUGUUGCUUUAAUGAAUUCCGACAAGAAUGAACAAACUUCUGAAACGAUAGACUCAGCGUCUUCGAGUUCCGCUCCGUCAUUUGAUGCUGAUGGAGAUAAGCAAAAGGAAACACCGCCAACGUCACCUGCAGAAAUGAGUUUCGACGAGCAAAAACCUCUUCAAAAUCAGCCUUCAGAAUCACUUCAAAAGGUCACCGGCAAAGUACCCAAGAUGUCAAAUGCUUCUCGUGUUGUAGUUCGACUGUCUCGUGAAGAGGUCGCCAAGCGUCAAAACGAAGAACCUGAUGAUGACUUGGAGAUCAUCACAUCACCAAGUAGGGCCCGGAAGACAGCCAUUUUCGAGAAUUUCCGAUCCAAGAAUUCGACUGAGAGCAAAGCCAUGCUUAAGCUCAGGCUGCUUGCUCAUUUGAUGUCGCCAACUCGCCGCAAUAAAUCCCUGAGUCCCGCUGAGCUUUCUUCCCUGUUGCGGUUAAAAGCUCGACAGCAAGCACUUCAAGAAAGGCAAGAAAGGAUUGAAGAGCUAAGAGCAAAGGGUAUUGUGAUCGAAACUGCUGAAGAGCGAGAAGCCAUGGAGGCGGAUGUUGAGGAUUUGAUGGAAAAGGCUAGACAAGAGGCUGACGCGAUCGCUCGUCGCGAAAAGGCUGCACGUGGCAAGUCCAGAGACGGCGAUGAUGAGGAUGAAGAAGAAGAUGAAUACGUGCUUUCUGGUUCGGAGGACGAGGAAGGAUGUGGAAUGGAGGAAGGUGUUGAAUCUGAUGCGGAAGGCGAAGACGGUAACGAGCAGCUAGAGGGAGAAACAGUCCGCCCAGUUCAAAAAUUGGUCGACAACGAAGCAGGUGAGGAAGCAGAAUCGGACGAGGAGCCAGAAGAGUCAUCUCCUGAAGAUGAGCAGACCAUAACACAUGCCGUGCGAGGUAGACGCGGUAGGAGAGUCGUCAUCGAUGAUGAGGAAGAUGAAGCAAACGAGGUCCAACCGACAACAGCCAUACAAGAACCAGAAACUCCUGCAAGAUCAGUACCUGCAUCCGUCGGCUCAGCCCAACGGCCACUAUUUCCUGACAUGCCAGGAGCUUCUACCUUCACAAUGAGUCUGACUCAGGCAUUCGCCGGAACCAUUGCAGAUAAUCAGUCGGACGACGAAGAGGACUAUUUCAAAGUUCUCCAAAGUCUCCCGGAUCCCGGGUUGCCCAAUUUCCAACAAAUGGCUGUCGACUCCCAGGUUAUAGUCAAGGAUAGCCAGGAUGAGCGCCGUGGAUCUGUCGAUCUAUUCGCUGGAUUUACCCAAUCUAAUUCUCGGGUGUCAGAGUCACCUGGACCCAACUGGUCACAGUUCUCACAGAUGCCGGACCCCACACAGGAUAUAGGUUUUAUAUACUCGCCCAUUGAUCUGUCUAAGCGGUUUGUCGAUCCACCGGUUUCAACAAUCGACACGGUUAUACUUCCAGAGAGUGAAUCGCCUGUGGUGCGGAGAAAAGGUCGACUUCUCCACCGUGGACGGCCGGCUCAUUUAUCGGAUGAGGAGGGCGGAGACUUUGAGAUCAAAGCCAGCGCAUUUGAUGUGAUGAAGAAGGCGUCCAAACAAAAGACCAAGUCAACUUUUGACAAAUCGAACAGCAAAGCCAAGGAACAUAUUGACGAGGUCGCCGAGGAAUCCGAGGAUGAAUAUGCAGGUCUAGGUGGUGCUAGUGAUGAUGAUAACGGGGAGGAAGAUGAACUUGACAGGGAAAUGAUCAACGAUAACAGUGGUGAGGUUGUUGAUGAGAAGGAGCUAGCAGCCUUGAAUGCGAACCAUCAGCGUGCUAUGGAUGAAAAACAAGUUUCCAAAUUGCUCAAAGAUAUCACAACUGGUGCUUUGCGUCGUAGGCGAGGAGCCGACGAUGAUCUUGACCUAGACGAUUCGGAUGAUGAGCGCAUGGCUCGACGAAGAGCCAAGCAACGUGAAUUUGCCAAAAUGCGCAAAGCCUUGCUUGCUGAUGAGAAGGUCAGCGAGAUCGCCAGUAAUCCCAAGAAACAGGCAUUCUUCAAAGCACUCGAGGAUCGAGACGAUGACGAUGAAAUGGAUUUUGAAUUCAAUAACGGCGCCAAUCCCGAGGAGCAAGAUCCUCAGAAUGAGGAACGGCCUGCAGCAGUCGCAAGUGAAAACUCGGAAACUACGUCUCACAAGCGCAAACGACCCCUUGAACCUGCUGUUGAAGAUGUUACCAACAGGCCUCCACCACACCUUCGACGUACUACAGCUGGUGUCUCACGUAAACCAUCCUCUCUGGCAGAGAUUCGAGAGACUCUGUCCUUUUUGACAGCAACGCCUGAGUACGAUUCAUUCUACGAGGAUGCAGCGAUUGACGAUGAAAUUGUUUAUAGCACUGAUAAGCGCAACUCGGAAGAUGAGAAUGAGAGCAAAGCAGGCCCCAGCAGAAAGCCGUCUGUGGAGCGGUUCGCUAUUCCGCCGAAUCCACGCCGUACUCGUGGUCCGGUCAUUGAUCGAUUGGCUCUUCGCCGCGCUACAUCGUCUAAUUCGGCGCAAGCUAGCGCCAAACCGGCCUUUCUGGCUAGUAAAUCAUCCUGGGAUACGGCUAAUGUUGGGUUCCGACCGCCACCGCUGCUUCGCCGUGCAACGUCCUCGUGGUCUACGUCUGAUAGCUCGUCAUCCUCCUUCUCAACGCGUGGCGUUAAGAAAUCCUCGUCCGGUUCCAAUGCAGCAUUGGCUAACCCCAACAAGGGCUCCGUUAAUUAUUAUACUGCGGCUCGAGAACGGGAGAGAGAGCGUGAGCUGAGAAUGAAAGAGCGUGGUGGUAAAAAGCUUACUGCUGCUAAAAUCGCGCAGUUACAGAAGAAGUCGCUGGAGAAUGGUUUGUUGGCAUGGUCCAAGAAGGAGUCUGGGUUUGGAAUUUAA